GCACUCGUUGCCACGCGCUGUGGCACAGUGUCCGCAGGGUGUGCACUCCGGCCACGCCGCCACCGCCAUCCCCCCACGCAGGGAGCCAGCAAGGCUGUGAGGGGCACGUCCCGGAGCCCUGGCCCGGACCUGACUGUCCACUUCCAAGAGGAGGGGUUAGGACUGACAUGCGAUGUGUAUUUAAAUUUUUUAAACUGCUGCAAACAUUGUGUAUCUGAAUUAAAGGGAAAUGACACCACAUGCUGCUGUGCGAGGCAUGCUUGCUCACGGAGAACCCCCGCGGGGACGCCGGCCCACACCCGGCGUGAGGAAGCAGGCCAGGCGUGGGCUGGCUGGGUGCGUCCCGGGAGCGCCCCGCGGACACGAGCUGCUCAAGCCACAUUGCGAUCUGGUCGUGCCAGGGCCACAUGGUUUGGGCAUUGAAUCUCCGACUCCAUGUGUGUCCGGGGCCCUGAGGGGUGGUGAGGGCUGGCACAGGGCUGGAGGGCUCCUGUGGGCUGGGACCUGGCCACGGAGCUCCCCUCAGGGCCCCGCCGGCACCUGGGCUCUUGGGCUCCUGGCCUGCCCAUUCGAGCUUCGAAGUCUGAAGUCCUUGCGGCUCCCCAGAGUCUUGCCUACUCCGCUGAAUGGGUGCCGUGCUUCUUAGCUCUGGGCGGCCCCUCCUCAGGAGCCAUGGCAGUGGGUGUUGCAGUAAUCUCGGGGUGCAGGUGUCCUACCACCCAGCCUGCACAGACCACGCCCCCAGGCGGCGGGCUGCCCUGGCAGGAGGCUGUGUCUGUGUUCCCUCCAGUCCUGUGGGUUCCCGUCAGCAGGGCAGCCGCAGAGCCCACACCACGGUGGGUGGCAGACAGGCAAACACGGGCAGCCUAGUCCCUGCCCCCGGGGUAGCAGAGUACCAGCACACGGACUUCUCCUGGAUUCUGUGGAGGCCCCGUGCCCCUGCUCUCAGGAGCCACGGCACCGCCUUGCCCUGCACGGGGACCAUGGUGGAGCAUUCGGCUGCUGGGGCUGGGUUCUCACUUCGGUUGCUCUAAACAUUCGAUGGGGGUGACUUCAGCUCCCCAAAUGUGUCUGCUCUGUGGUACAAUUCCGAGGCCUCCGAUGGUACCUCUAAGCUUCCAAGGCUCUAUCCCCCUUCCCGGUGCAAGUGUGGACAGCCAGACCCUGCCUGGUGCACCUGAGUGUACCUGGCCUGCCUGUUCUUUCUAAAAGGAAGGGUCCCAGAGCCCCUGGUGUGAGUGGGUUUUGCUGUUGCACACACACCCCGCUUGCACUCGCCGCUAUGGCAGAGAUGCUCUCCGUAGAGGGUGAGACCCCGCUGUUCUUCAGAAGAAGCGUCUGAGGCCCUGCCGGGUGUGUUGGAGGCGGCUGACCUCGCCUUCCGGGCAGCCUGGUGGUGCUCAGCGCCGCCGGAGGAAGCAUUCUGCCAGGGCCUGGGCACGGACGUGGGCCUGCUUCGUGGCGUCACCAAGGCUCCUUCCGGAAAGCCAUGAGCACGUCCUGCAGCUUCCACUGAUUUGGGGACCUUAACAGCCUGGCCCCUGCAUCUGCUUGGAGGGCACGUCCCCACCAGCCUCCCAAGCAGGAGGCUGGGAGGCCGCUCCAAUGGCCUUCUCCCUGCCGGCCAUGUCCUCUAGGGAGCCUGGGGUUCACAGGCCUGAGGGGCACUUGGGGUGUGGGUGGGCCCAGGGGAGCCACUGGUGCAGGGUUGGGGUCUGCCCGCUGAGGCAGAGGGCUGACAGGUAAGGGUCUGGGCUCCCCAGGGUUGUAGGGAAAAGGGCAGUGGUGCCAGCCUGGUCAGCUGGGCUUGCAGCCCGCCCCCACACACCCACCCCCGACUCAGCGCUGGGCCGCAGCUCGGAGCUUGCUUCCACUGUGAGCCAGGCCAUCCUGGGGCGAUCGUUGCCCCCUUCCAUCAGACAGCCCCCACCCUCUGGCCCCGCCCUCCCAGGGCUCAACCCUACCGCACUCCCGCACCCCCCCCCACAUUACACGUGCUUCCCUGCCUUUGCCCAGGACAGAGUGUUUCCACUGCUAAACUCGCCUGCCCACUGUGAUAGGCUCAGCUCACUGGUGUCUGGUCCUGGCUGGUCCCUGAGGUUCCUCGUGGGCACACCCGCUUCCCACCCUGGGCCCCCGCGUCGGCCCGCGUCGGCCGGCCUGGCUGGGUACGUGGGCACACCGAAGUAUCUCAGACCCAGCAUCAGUUCAUGGGGAGACUGAGGCCUACAGGGCGUGGCCGCACAGGUGCCCCUGGCCUCCUGCUGAGGCUUGACCACCCCUUCUCCCUGCAGGUACUGCCGCAUACCCAGCCCCCGGCUCUCUACCUCCCCGUCCCUCAGAGACUGAGGGUCCCAGCAGGCCAUGCAGCUGUGCCAAGCUCCACCGCUGCUACCAGUCUGUGGCCCUGGUCCUCGAGACAUGGGGAUGAGCCUCCGUCAAGACCUGGUGGAGAUCCGCUGAGGAAGGGUGCCUCCAGCAUGGCAGCGGCCGAGGUGCCCGGCUACCUCGUGUCCCCCCAGACGGAGAAGCACCGGCGCGCCCGCAACUGGACGGACGCGGAGAUGCGCGGCCUCAUGCUCGUCUGGGAGGAGUUCUUCGACGAGCUGAAGCAGACCAAACGCAACGCCAAGGUGUACGAGAAGAUGGCCAGCAGGCUGCUGGAGAUGACGGGAGAGCGCCGGCUGGGCGAGGAGAUCAAGAUCAAAAUCACCAACAUGACCUUCCAGUACAGGAAAUUAAAAUGCAUGACAGAUAGCGAGUCCGUCCCGCCCGACUGGCCCUAUUACCUAGCCAUUGAUAGGAUUCUGGCCAAGGUCCCCGAGUCCUGUGAUGGCAAACUGCCGGACGGCCAGCAGCCGGGGCCCUCCACGUCCCAGACCGAGGCGUCCCUGUCGCCGUCUGCUAAGUCCACCCCUCUGUACUUACCGUAUAACCAGUGCUCCUACGAAGGCCGCUUCCAGGAUGAUCGCUCCGAGAGCUCCUCCAGCUUACUGUCCCUUAAGUUCAGGUCGGACGAGCGGCCCGGGAAGAGGCGCAAGGGGCAGAGCUGCCACCUGCAGAAGAAGAAGCUGCGGCUGCUGGAGGCCAUGCUGGAGGAGCAGCGCCGGCUGGGCCGCGCCGUGGAGGAGACGUGCCGGGAGGUGCGCCGCGUGCUGGACCAGCAGAACCUGCUGCAGGUGCAAAGCCUCCAGCUGCAGGAGCGCAUGAUGAGCCUGCUGGAGAAGAUGGUCGCCAAGUCCAGCGUGUAGGCGGUGGGCGGCCCCGGGCUGCUCCCGGACCGGCCCUCCCAGCACGGAGGCCCCUCCUCGGACGCGGGCCGGGGCCGCCGGCUCCUCUGGGGCGAUUCCCCGGUUGGAACCCCUAGAAUCUGUUCUCCAAUGUCGUCACCAUCAAUGAUACUUGAAAUGGCUUUUGAUAGUAAAUGUGUGAUUUUUCAUGACUCCCUGGAAGCAGAGUUCACUUUCUCAGCUCAGAGGGAAUGCACCGGGUUGGUCUGUUCCGCAAACAGGAGCGAACGGAAACAGGCUAGUGGCAACUUUGUGCCCGUAACAGAAACUCUCCGGAAGGGGAGAUGGCUGUCUGGUCCCACAGCAGCGUCUGCAGUGUCUUUCCGAGGUAGCCUCUGACACCGGGCGAACCCCUGAGAGUCCACGGCCCUCUCCUUGGAGCCCCAGGUCUUCGAUUGCCUCCCUGCAAGAACGCUAACAAAGCAAGGACGGCGGCCCGCGUGCGUCGUCCUGUUCGGUCUUCUAGGCCCGGGGACGUGGCGCUGAGGAGACGGAGAUCUGGCCUCACGCACUCAUGCUCCAGUCGGGGAGGCAGACAAGCACUGAGGGAAAUGACGUGAUAGCAGGUUGUGGUCCGUGCUGCGCAAGGGGAGGCCGUGCGGGAGCAGCCGGCAGGAGCAGCCCCUCGGCUGGCCCACGGGGCACGGGAAGCUGUUGGUGCUGCGGCGGCUGUGGCGCUCUGGAUCGGGACCCGCGGCGCAGGGAUGAGCUCUGAGGUAAAGCUCACCUCCUGCCUUUCCCUGUCACCAGGAGGAAGACCUUUCCAGAUACUUCUCUGCUGAAUUCUUCCUAACUCUUGUUGGCCACUUGGGUUUUGGUCCCUGGCUGCAAGGGACGCGAAGGGUCCCCUGCCCGGGACCAGCAUGUUGCUGCCCGUGCAGCAGGGUUCUGAGGCGACAUGGCAGGUGACGUGGUUUGACUUACGAUCUAGAAGACCUCCUUCUGGCUGCUCCCGAGCAGACCUGUGGCUGUGGCGGGUGGGGUGAAGGCAGACGUCCUGCUGGGAGGCUGUCACGGUCAUCCCAGUGAGACCGACCAGCUCCUCUGACGCGCCAGCGGUCCUUGAAGUCAGCCGCCCGUGCUCGCCCAGGUGGGGCCGAGGCCAGCCCCGGGCCUGCUGCUGCAGUGGCCGAGAGGCUGGGUGGCCAUGGAGCCCAGAGGGGCAGGACACCCCCGGCUCAGCCCCCUCGGGGACCUCCCCAGGCACAUGCCGUGGACUCCAGCCACGCCGCUUUGGGAUGGAGGGCAGUUCGCUGAAUGCAUAGCAGGCGGUUCUGCUGAAGUGUGAACUCGCCGAUUUCUGCCGAGACAGGCAGUGUUCCCAGCAAGGCCAGUGUCAGCUGGCAGCACGACGCCCCUGAACCCGUGCUGGGGGGCACGCAUGGAACAAGCCCCCUGCAGAGGAGACCUCGGGGGCGUCGUGUGCUGAAGCCCCGAGCUGGGGGCUGGUUUCAGGCACAGGAACCCAGCUGCCUCUGAGACAAGAUGCCCCGGCGAGAACUCAGUUGUUUGACAGAUGCUGGGCUGGGCCUGAGGCUGCUGCAUGCAGCCCCGUCAGAGCGGCCGUGCCCGAGCGUCACUGAGGUGGCGACAGACUGCGGCUCUAAGUGACGCGGGAGCUCCUCGCCUUGACCGUCCUGGCGCUCCUGGAGCCGUGGCCGUGGCACCCCAGUGUUUCCAUAAUUGCAGUAUAUUAUGUAGCAUUUUUGCCUUUGUACUUAGAGGCCAUUUGCACUAUUAUUUUCCCAGCUGUUUCUGAGUGUGGGGUCAGUGCUCGCUCUCUCCACGUCUCACCGAAUCGGUGCUGCCACGCGCUCCAUUGGGCUGGAGCGGAACUGGUGAGGUCAGGCGGAGGUCAGCCAUGCGGCUGCCUGCGUCGUGCCCUUGGUGAACAGCGUGUCCGUAGCGAGUUUCUGAUUUCUUCUGUAGUUACCGGUCCGUUAAGGGGGGAAGGUGGCUACAUCAGUAAACGCUAAGCUGUUUGGUAAGAUCCAUCAAGACAACCUGUUAGUACCAAAAACUGAAAUCGGGAACCAGACGAAUGUGCUUGCUUUUACCUUUAUUGUUUAACGGCAUUUUUAGCUAAUGCAUUAAGACAAAGUAAGCCGAAUAAAAGAAAGGAAAAUUACCUUUAUUUUCAGAUGAUAUUUUUAUAUUCCCAGAAAGCAGAUAUACAACAGAUCAAGAGCUCUUUAAACCACUGACCCAGUGGAUUAUGGGAAUGGAAUAUUCCGUUCACAGUCACGAUUGAGAACGGCAGGGAAUCCAUGAACGAGUUUAACCAGAAAGGCCCAGGAUCGACAUGAAGUAAACUAUGUGGUUUUAUUGUGAAAUCUAAAACUGAGCAUGUGGAGAAAUCGCAUACUCCUAAAAGCUCCAGAGUAAAGUGCCAUCAUUUUAUUAAUGUGAUUCCAACAAUAUUCUCAAUAACAUUGUGGGUUUUUGUUUUGAAAUGGAUGAAAGUACUUUUUUUUUUUUUUAAGCGGGCCCCGCACCCAGCACAGAGUCCGACUCGGGGCUGGAACUCACGUCCCUGAGAUCAUGACCUGAGCUGAGAUCAAGAGUCAGAUGCUUAACUGACAGAGCCACCCAGGCGACCCUGAGGAAAGUAUUUUUAAGUUCAAAUGAAAAAGGAAUGAGGCAAAGGGUCUGAGGCCAAAAGAUGGAAGGAGACCCGCUGGGCCUCAUGUGGCACCGGGAAGCAUGCCAUCACACACCCAUGCAGCCGGUGUGCUGUCUGUCAGGGUCAGAGCGGAAAAAACGUCAGGAGACGGAAGCUCAGACCCUGCGAGGGGCAGUGGAACGUGUACAAGCUGGCCGGAGCAGUGGGGCCUCAUCCCGCGGAGCUGACAACAACGCGCACGCUGAUCAGCGCCCUGGGGCUCGGGCCUUGGCGCUCGCAGGGCCCCUCCACCCUUUAGGAGUGACUGGAGAUGUCACAGCUUGCAUUCCUGUGGGUCCUAACUGCUGAUAGGAACCCAAGACUUGAAAAUUACUCAUUUCAAAAUAACAAGAAACCCAUUACUUGUUGACAUGAACAACAGUUGCAUGAAAAAUACGUUCUCCCAAACAAAAGGUUUUCACGAGAAGAGGGGGAUUGUGUUACAUGCCCUCAGAUCUCUGGCUGGAGGGAAGGCAGUGGGCUGCCACGACCAGCUGCCACGACCGGCUGCCACGACCGGCUGCAGCUGGAUGGGCGAUGUAAGCAGGAGAUCCGGCGCCGCACGGAUAGGUGUUUGGAAAAGAAAGGGAUCUUUUACUGACAUGGCGGGUGGCUGGGGACACCCCUACCGGGGCCCCCGGCCGCGCAGGCUGGCCGCAGUGUGGACUCAGCUGGCCAGCGCUCCCAGAGCCGUGUGCGUCGGCCGUCCGUCUGGCGCCUGGGGGCUCCUCGCGCGCUUCUGUAACACGGGGCGCUGGGCAUGUGGGGCGCGCCGCUCCGAGUCCGGCCUGUCUUCUGUGCUGACAGCGCGCCCCACACCCGCAGAAACGCGCUCUCGCCGUUCUCCCGGCCCCCCCUCGGCAGCGGAGCCGUUCCGGGGGCAGCUUGUCAGCCUUGUGGCCUCGGAGGCAGCCCUUUCGUUCUGAUCUCUGCUCGGAAGCUGGAAUUUUGGCACUGGUCACAUGACCACGCAAGCUGUUUCCCCGCGGGGACAGCUGUCCGCCAGGCGCCCGAGUCCCUUCAGGUGAAGAGCGUGUCCCCGUGAAGAAUGUGUCCAGCUGUCCUUCGGCCGGCAGCACAGUGGUGGUGCCGGGGCUGCUCCCCAGACAGCGUCGCACUGAGGGGCGGGGCAGGAGUGCGUCGCGCAGAAUAUUAAAAAGAUGUGUGCCCAAGGGCCCAGAUUUAAUAAAAUCAGUACGUUUUACUGCCGCA